AUGAUCUCGUCCUCCCUCGCUCUUCUUGCGGUCGCCACGCCCUGGGACCACCCCACCACGACCGCCACCAAGACGAUCACGGUGACUGCCCCAGCGCCCAUGGCCAUCACCAUCAGCCAGUGCAAUACCGGGAACGCCCAGUGCUGCCAGUCUACUGAAGACACCAACUGUGCGGCGGGCUCUGCUCUGCUCGGCCUACUCGACGUCGUCUUGGAGGACCUCAAUGUUCUGACUGCUCUCCGAUUACUGUCAUUGGAGUCGACUCCGGAGGCGAGUGCGAAGCCCAACCUGUUUGCUGCUACGACAACUCUGUCGGUGUCUCACCUCCAUUGGCUGCGUCGCCGUUACGCUUAG